AUGCUUGGUGUGGAAAACAGCGGCACCUUUCCUCUGCGAAUUUCUAUUCGACACGAGACGGACUCUCUGAUGGUCUUCGAUGAUCCACUUGCUCUUUCGCCAGCACAUUUUUGUGCAAUUCCCACAACAGACUUUAUACCGGAUUGGAGGUAUCUUCUCUGUCAACCGAAACGUGGGCUUGAGUUGGUACGGUCGCUUUUGAAUGCAUGUCACAAAGUGCUGACAGAACAGUUCCUAGAAAACUCUGAAUGGAAAAGUACGGUGUUGCGUAGCCCAGACAUGGAAGCCAAGCAGCAUACCCUUGUUGGUUUUAAUUAUCCGCCAUCUCAAAAUCAAUUACAUGUUCAGUAUAUUGUACCACCAUUGAUGCCCCACCAGUUCUACAUGUAUUGCCGCGGGCAGCACUUUACAUACAACCGGUUUUUUCCUCUCAGCUAUGUGGAGAAGUGUUUAAAUGAGCUUGCAAAGAAAGAUGAAGCACCGGACACCCAGGAAUUCCUUCUGAGUCUGCCUAUUGAUGAUUUGAUUGUCAUGCUUGACAAGAAAUGUAACGCUUCGUACCAAAGAGAGCAUUGUGCAUUUCUAUCACGGGUUGAGGUAUUGCAAAACCACUUUGGUAACUGGGCAAUGGAUAACUUUGAGGGUGUGUAUCAUGUCCCUGAAAACACUGGAAGUAAUAAAGGAAAGUUGUUAUUUAAAAAACCAUCUGGGGAAAGUUUUUACGUGGAUGAGCCUAGUGCCAUCGCUGAAGACAAAAAGAGGCUCCAAAACUACGGAAGACCGUAUGAUGAGAAGGAGAACCCAAGUGGAGGGUUCUACUCGUUUGCCAAGAAGUUGGUGGACAUCAAGGUUUGGUCAUGA